CACCAAUCAGAAAGGUGGUUACAUUGAGUCUGUGACACGCCUCCUGCAUGUAAGUAGAGUCACUGGGAGUUGCAGAGAAGGCGGAAGGGAGUCAGCUGCUCAGAGUCAUUCAUUCCUGGGAUACGACUGGAACUUCUGCCUUCAUGAGUUGUGAGGUUUUAGUGCUGUACUUUGCCAAGAGUUCGGAACUAGCAGGGGUACGUUCAGAGACUCUGACUGUAUCGACAGAAAUCACAUCUCAGCAACUCUGGGACCAAAUUGUACGUUCUCACCCGAGUCUUAGUGCAAUACAAGACCAAGUGGUCCUUGCCGUCCGUCAGGAGUAUGUGGCCAUUGGUGAUGAGCUGCUGAUAUUAAAUACUGGGGACGAGAUUGCAGUUAUUCCUCCAAUCAGCGGGGGUUGAUUUUAUCAG